AUGUCUACUAGUACUAAUGAUAAGAAUGCACAACGUGCCAUUGAUUAUAUGAGUGGCGCACGAUAUAAAGGAGAGUAUAAAAAUGGUAAACGCCAUGGCUUUGGCAAACUCACUCUAUCUAAUGGGUCUUUUUAUGAAGGCCGAUUUGUGGAGAAUGAAAAGCAUGGUUUCGGUAUUUAUAAAUGGUCGAAUGGAGCCAUUUAUGAAGGAGAAUUUGCACAUGAUCAGCCGCAUGGUAAAGGAAAAUUAACGUCACGUAGUGGAGACAUUUAUGAUGGAGUUUGGGCUAACGGGAAGCGCCAUGGGCAAGGUACAACUACGUGGAAAGAUGGAAAUGCUUAUGAAGGUCUUUAUGAUCAAAAUGAAAAACAUGGUUUUGGUAAGCAUACAUGGAAAGAUAAAGGAUCUACGUAUGCUGGUACUUGGGAACAUAAUACGCCUCACGGUCGAGGACGAUAUCAAUAUGGAAAUGAUGAUGUAUAUGAAGGUGCAUUUAAACAAGGAAAAAGACAUGGACAAGGAAAGUUAACAUACGCUAAUGGAGAUAUUUAUGAAGGUGAAUAUGCUGAAGAUUUAAAACAUGGUACCGGGAGAUUUUCAUGGGCUAAUGGGGAUUCAUAUUAUGGACAAUUCAGUAAUGGACUUCCAGAAGGUACUGGAGAAUACAUAUGGGCAUCGAAAGAUGCGCCUGAAACAUCAACGUCACCUGUUGAAGAACGAAUAUCAAAAUCUGAAAAGAAACAUACACGAAAGAUAUCCUCACGACAUUCAGGUGAAAGUCGACACUCUUCGCAAUCUGAUUCGUUACUUAAAAAUAUUCAAAGCAGUUCUAUUUAUUCAGAAACAUUUUAA